UCAGGGGAUUGAGCCUCCAAAAACGCUUACGACCACGACUGUCGCUAUCACCCAUACGACGACGACGACAACUCCAGUGCAAACUACGGCGACUGUCCCUCCCAUCACGACUAUUGCCCCCAUAACUACGACAAUAAUCACUACAACGCUGGCACCCACCCUCACGCUUCCGCCUACGACCGCGGCGCCUCCCACGACGGCCCAACCCACGACUACCACGACCGCGCCCGCCCCACCUGCGAAUACCACCAUCCCAUGUAUGAGCAGUGAGCUCUGCCCUGCGAACCAACUCUGCGCUCUUCAGUCCACCUCUGCAGUGACAGGCGUCUGUCAGGUCAUGGAACAGUUCCAAAAGCUGUGCCCUUCCAGCCCUGUGAUCAAUUGCGUCAGCAGCAAGGACUGCACCGACCCCGGAUUCUCCUACUGUGCCGUCGAUACCAACGGCAACAAGAUCUGUUCUGGCCUAGGCCGCCCUGGCACAGCCUCACAAUGCGAUCCCAACAACCCCAACAACAACAACGGCUCGUCUGGAACCGGCAGCAGCAGUGUGACUACGACUCUCAAAUAUGCGGGCAUUGCUGUGGGCUCCAUCGCAUUCCUGGCUAUCAUUUUUGCCCUGGUGAGAUGGCGCAGGAACAAGAGCCGGUCCAAGAUGCCGGACUUUGCAGAGAUUGACUAUGGUAUGACCAACAGACGCUCGGAACCUAGAUCUAGCGUGGGUGCUGCGGCCGCGGCCGCUGGCGCAGGAGAGCAAUCGUACCCGUUCUCGAGCAGACCCCACGCCAAGAACCAAACUGUAGCUGCCGCUCAGGAUGAUUACUAUGAUGAGCAGUAUUAUGCCGACGGAUAUGCACAGAACGCGCAUCCAGCGGCGGGCAUGGCAGGUGGCGCCGUCAAGCAAGGCCAGGCGUACUAUGACGGCUCGUACGACAACUACAAUCAGCAGGCAUACAACUCGGGCUAUGCACAGCAGGGCUAUGACCAGCAGGGGUACAAUCAACAGGGCUACGACCAACAGGCUUACGCUCAGCAGGGUUAUGACCAGCACGCGUAUGACCAGCAGUAUUACAACGGAUACGACCAACAUGGCAACUAUGUGGGUAAUGGCUAUUACGACGCCAAUCAGGCUGGCGGUUACGAAGGUUAUACAAAGGAAGAGGGUUAUCCUGUGGCGACGAGCGCUGCUCCUGUAGUGCCGGCAGAGGCUGUUGUCCGAUCCGGAUCGCGUCAACGCUUUGGCGGCGCUGCGCCAGCAGCCGCAGCCGGAGAUUAUGCGGUCGACAACUAUGGCGCUGAGCCCUCAGAGCUGGACUUUGGUGGUCGUGGCAAUGGUCGCAAGCAGUAGACGCAUAUACCGCAUUCACUACACACACGUACAAGCAUACACACUUGCGCACACACUUUUGUAAUGCAUUCCGCCAAAUAAAAUAUAAUGGUUA